AUGCCUGCUUCAAAUUUUAAUGACAGGUUCCAACACCAUUUAUCGCGAGAAUCCAGAGCUCGUGGAAAUGGGCCCUUUCAGAUGUUGGAUCGCUUAAAAUGCAACGGAGAUAUUGACUUGAUUUCGUUUUCAGGUGGAAUUCCACUUCCAAGUAAGUUUCCUAUUCGAAAGUUAUCGGUAAGCUUCCCUGAACUUGGUUGCUUUCAGGAGGACGAACAUAACAAAUACCCCAAAGAGGUUGAUGUCUCGUUUGAUAUGAGGAACGACGCAAAUACAAAUGGUUUAGAUUUUGAGGGAGCUUUACAGUAUGGACAAUGCCAAGGUAUUCCAGAACUAGUUAAGUUUAUCAAAAAGCAUGUUGAGCUAGCACAUUCUCCUCCGUAUAAGGAAUGGGAUAUAAAAUUGACGAAUGGGAAUACAAUCGGACUAGAGUACUGCGUAAGGCUACUUGUCGAUUAUGGAGAAUCCAUUCUUAUAGAAAAAUAUACCUAUCCGGCUGCGAUAACUGCAAUGGCUCCUCUUGGUGUAAAAUUUAUUUCGAUUGACAUGGACGAAAAUGGUAUGAUUCCCCAAAGCUUAGAAGAAGUCCUGAAGAAAUGGGACUAUUCGAAAGGACCAAUGCCUCGUAUAUUGUACACUAUUCCAACAGGUCAGAACCCUACAGGAUCUACUUUGUCUAUAGACCGGAAAAAGAAAAUCAUGGCAUUGGCUCGAAAAUACGACAUAAUCAUUAUCGAAGAUGAGCCUUAUUACUUUUUACAAAUGGAUGCUUGUAAUGCGACUACUUCGGAAGCACAAAUUGAGUUGCAAGAUGCUGCAGAAAACUCCGCUAUCUUGUCAUCAUUUGUGAACAGACUGGUCCCGUCUUUCUUAAAUCUUGACACAGAAGGUCGUGUAUUAAGAAUUGACUCUUUUUCAAAAUUGAUCGCACCAGGAAGCCGACUGGGGUGGAUUACUGGCAACCCAUUAUUCAUUGAUCGUAUUACACGAGCUGCAGAGGUAUCCACCGAAAGCCCUUCAGGUAUUUCUCAAAUCGUAUUAUUUGGUAUUCUGAAUCAUUGGAAACAGGAAGGAUUUUUCCUUUGGUUGCGGGAAUUACAGCAUACGUAUACAAACCGUCGGAAUGCAUUGCUUCAGUCUGCAGAUAAAUACUUACCGAAAAGUAUCUGCUCUUAUCGAGCUCCAAAGGCGGGCCUAUUCUUAUGGAUAGAACUUGACAAAAGCCGUUAUCUUUUUGAUGAUCAAAACAAACCUGUCUCUGAAAUUGAGUUGGACAUAUUUCAGGCACUGUUGCAGAAAGGAGUGAAACCUGUAUGUGGACAGCUGUUUAUGCCUUAUCCAGAAAAAAAUGAUCGAAUUUUCUUUCGAUUCGCAUACUCUGUAGCACCUAUCGACAAAUUUGAGGUGGGAAUGAAAAGAUUUGCUUCAACACUGAAGGAAUUCUUCAGGUUAAACGAAGAUGAAUUACAAUCAUAA